UCAAAUGUCAAACGCGACUAUUUCGUCAACAGAGUCGUGGCGCGAUAGUUGGAUUUUAUAAAAUAAUAACAAAUACUAAAACAGUGUACUUGUCAAACAAUGGAUUCUAGUCGGUAGGAGUCAGUUUAUUAUUUUGCGUCGGACGUUUUAUUAGCCAGUGGUUGGAACACAACGACUCAUUAUAUACAUACUGCGAUACGUUUCUUAUUGAUUUUCGUGUUCUUCGCCGGUUUUUGUAACUUUAUGAAGUUUUUGUACAACGUUUAAGGUCUAAAGGAAAUAGUUUUUACGUAAAUAAGUUUUGAUUGUAUUAUAUGUUGUCACUCCACGGUGAAACAUAAGGACAUCAACUGUUUAUUGUGAUACGCCGUGAGAAUCAAGCUUGUGUUGCCAUGGAGAAGAUAGAAUCAGCGUUGGACGUGCUAUCACGCGCCGCCACCAUGGUGCAGCCUUGUCCUGCCUACCCCGCCAGCGAUUCUGACAGCUUUGAAACUCCAAGCACAGCGUCCAGCGGAGAGUCUGAGGGCGACCGCACUCUGUCGCCGGAGACCCCGCGCGCGCAGUCAAAGGAGCUUACUGGCAAAUGGAGGAGGGAACGUCGGUCGACCCGCCUGCCUGAUUAUAGACCAAAGGAGAACUGCAAGAUGGCGUUGCGUUCGCAGUCGUUUAAUGAGCGACGCGCCGCGCCCGCCGUGGCCCGCGCACAGCCACAUAGCGACGGCGAACUCUCUGAUGAAAUCGAGGACUCAUCCGCCAUUAAUGGGAAAGCUCCGCCGCAGUAUCCGGGCAAGCACGAGGCGCCUAUCGACAUGCGGCUGCGAUCUCGUCCCGCGCCGCCGCCCUACGCACGACCUACUGUCAUCAAGACCAACGACACACCGCCCGGUUCGAUGUCGAUGUGCGAUCCCGUCAUAGACGAGCACUUCAGGCGUUCUCUCGGCGACGACUACAUGAAUCUAUUCAAGAAGAACACCGAACAAGUUCAACCCGGACCCAAACCUAACACCAAGGACAGAGCGAGCAGUCCCAUACAAUUCAAACCUGAAGAACCUAAAUCCACUAAAAUCAUCGCAAUGGAAGUUGAUGAUGCAAGUAUGUCUGUCGAUGAUCAUUUUGCGAAAGCAUUAGGUGAUACAUGGCGUCAGAUACAGACAUCAAGGCAAAAGGAAGAUAAACCCCAGUCGAGUAAAGUCGUCGACGAUCAUUUCAGCAAAGCUCUAGGAGAUACGUGGAAGAAAAUACAGACAUCGAAGCAUCUAGAAGAAAAACCUAAAGACCAGAAUAAGAUCAUCUCUAGGAGUGGUGUUGUUAUAUAAUAAACUGGGUCUCAUAGAAGUGGCCCAAUCUUGUCUUUUUCCGCGAUCAAGUUUGUCUUGUUUGAGGAAUGAGUAUUUAUCGUUGGUCUUUAAAUCCAUGACAAUUCUGUUACCUAACGGUUUUGGGAUAUUUUAGUGAGGGUUUCCGAUUCAUAAAUUAGUCUUAUUUUCUUGUCUCAACAACAUU